GUCUGUCUGUCUGUCUCUGUCUGCGUCUGUCCGCGAAGCCCUGUGGCACCCGUGGAAGAGAGAGGCCCAGGGGUGAGCAAUCUUUGGGGAUCCCCACAUCAGUGGUGCAUCAGCAUAGACCGCGGACAUGGGCCUGACCAAGCAGUACCUGCGCUACAAGGCCAGCGCUGUGUUUGGUGUGAUCGCCAGCCACAAGGCAAACAUAACCCUGGUACAACUGCGGGGAGAGAGAGGCCGCUAUGUGGCUGUGGCAGCUUGUGAGCACGUCUUCAUUUGGGAUAUCCGCAAAGGAGAGAAGAUAUGGAUUCUGAAGGGCAUGAAACAUGAAGUGACCUAUCUGUGCUGUGCCCCUGAUGGGCUGCACCUGGCUGUGGGAUAUGAAGAUGGAUCGAUACGGAUAUUCAAUGUAAUGACUGGAGAGAGUCACGUCACCUUUAAUGGUCACAAAGCUGCAGUGACCACUCUCAGCUACGACGGCCUUGGUGCACGGCUCGUCUCAGGAUCAAAGGACACAGAAAUCAUCGUCUGGGAUGUGAUCAAUGAGAGUGGAUUAUACCGAUUGAAAGGCCAUAAAGAUGCCGUUACACAUGCCACAUUUCUGAAAGGCAGGAAUUUUCUGGUUUCAAGCUCCAAGGACACGUUAGUGAAAUGGUGGGAUUUGGAGACACAGCAUUGCUUCAAGACCAUGGUUGGACAUCGGAGUGAGGUUUGGAACUUUGUGCUGCUUUCAAACGAGAUGCGAAUGAUGACUGGCUCGUCAGACAGUGAGCUGAGAGUGUGGGACAUCCAGUACCUGGAUGAGGCAAAAGAACCUGGAGAAACAGAUGUGAAAAAGACCAAACGUUCCUCAGAAUACACUGAAUUCAUGGAGGAGUUGAAUGAUGAGCCUGAAGAGCAUUUACUGACUUGUGAGAAGGUUGGAUCCAUCUUUAGGGAGGGCAGGGAUCGAGUUGUUUCCUUGGCGUCCGAUCUCAGUCAAAGAAUUGUUGUCUGUCAUGGCACCAGUGAUGUUCUCGAGGUUUUUAAGGUCUUAAAUGAUGAGGAGGUGAAGAAAAAGAUUGAAAAGAAACAAAGGAAAACCAAGAAAAAGGCAAAGAAAAGAGCGGAAUCUGGCGAAGAUGUCACUGAGUUGGAAUCGACUGUGGAACAAACCCUAAAGGAUGAGAUUGAGGUGUUAACAAAAAUUAAAGCCUCAGCUAAGAUCAGAUCGGUCAGUUUUCUUUCGUUGCCAAACGGGGAGGUGAAGAUUGUGGCACUGUUGCAGAACAACACAGUUGAAGCGUUCAACCUGAACUCCACAGGAAUUACACCAGAGUACACAAACUUUGCCAGAAUAACCAUUGCAGGCCACCGGACCGAUACAAGAACCCUGGCCUUCAGCUCUGACAACAUCGCAGUACUUUCUGCCUCAGCUGAGACGGUCAAAAUAUGGAACAGGUCCAGCCUGCAGUGUAUCAGGACCAUGGCUUGUCAGUACUCACUCUGCUCUCUGUUUGUCCCUGGGGACAGGCAGAUUAUUUUGGGGACCAAGUCUGGAAAGCUGCAACUCUUUGAUUUAGCAUCAGGACAUAUGUUGGAGACAUUGGAUGGCCACGAUGGAGCAGUAUGGUCUAUUUCACUGGCACCUGACCAGCGUGGCAUUGUUUCUGGAAGUGCUGACAAGACGGUGAAAUUUUGGGAAUUUGAGUUGGUGAAGGAUGAAAAUUCCUCACAGACAAGGCUGUCUCUGAAUCACACCCGCACUCUUCAACUGGAUGAAGAUGUCCUGGCUGUGUGUCACAGCCCCAAUGGGAGGCUACUGGCUGUGUCCCUACUAGAUUGUACUGUGAAAGUAUUCUACACGGACACGCUCAAGUUUUUCCUGUCACUUUAUGGACACAAGCUACCUGUGCUUUGUAUGGAUAUCUCUCAUGAUAGCUCUCUGAUCGCAACUGGCUCAGCGGACAGGAAUGUGAAGAUUUGGGGAUUGGAGUUUGGAGACUGCCACAGGUCACUUUUUGCACACGAGGACAGUGUAAUGUCUUUGAAGUUUGUGGCAAAAACUCACCUCUUCUUCACUGCUGGGAAAGACAAGAAAAUCAAACAGUGGGACGCUGACAAGUUUGUGCACAUUCAGACCCUGGAAGGGCAUCAUGGUGAAGUGUGGUGUUUGGCCAUCAGCCCCAAUGGAGAUCACAUCGUUUCUUCCUCUCAUGAUAAGUCUCUACGGCUGUGGGACCGCACAAGGGAGCCGAUCAUCCUGGAGGAAGAGAGAGAAAUGCAAAGAGAAGCGGAAUUUGAAGAGAGUAUGGCAAAAGAGAGUGAACCGGUGGUUCCCGGAGAGAGGGCAGGAGAAGCAGGUUUAGCUGGGAAGAAGACGAUAGAAACUGUUAAAGCUGCUGAGCGUAUCAUGGAAGCAAUCGAACUAUAUCGGGAAGAGACCAAGAAACUGGAGGAACACAGAAGAGCCUGUGCAGCGGCAGGCAAAGAGCUGCCUGCACCAACCAAUCCUAUACUGGCCGCACAUGGAAAUAUUUCUCCGUCGCGCUACGUCUUGGAUGUUAUUCGAAAAGUCAAGUCUAGUGAAUUGGAGGAAUCGCUUCUUGUGCUGCCAUUUUCCUACAGCCCUGAUCUGCUAACUCUAUUCAAUGAGUACAUUCAACUUUCUCUGGAGGUUGAGCUCAUUUGCCGAUGCCUCUUCUUCUUGCUCAGAAUACAUUUUGGACAGAUUACAAGUAAUCAGAUGCUUCUUACAGUCAUUGACAGUUUGAGGAAAAACACAAUCGGGAAGAUAAAUGAAAUGAAGGAUGUUAUUGGUUUUAAUAUGGCUGGGCUGCAGUUUUUACAACGGGAGAUGGAAGCAAAAGAAGAUGUGACCUUCUUUGCCGACGCAACCGAGAGGUUCGUGGAGAAGAAAAGGAAAAGAAAGAUAAAAGAGAGAGCUGUCCUGGCGAUUGCAUAAUGUUCACUUUUGAGGAAUAUCCACGUUCACAAUUGGAUCAUAAAAUACUGCAGUUUCUCAGCAGAUCUGUGAGAAAUGUAUAUCUAAUUGAAUCAAUGAGGGACAUUCCAAUUCACCCAAAUUCACACCAGAGAUAUAAACAAUGUCUGAGUCUUGCUGAUUAUUUUUAUAAUUAUUUGGAAAAUAAGUUACUCUGUACCCGUGUUUUAAUAAAAGGAUUUCUUAAAA